AUGGGUUCGCUAGCGAAGGGCGUCGUUUCAGGACCAAUGGAUGUCCUGGAGUCAAUUUGCAAGUUCGUCACCAACGCCGAGAAAUCGGAAACACUUAGCGAUGAAGGCAAAGUCAGGAUUUUGAAGUCCAUGAGAGGGAUAUGCCAAUCCCUGUCGAAAUCCAUGGAUAAUAAGUAUGGCCUAUCGGCUUCAUUCAAGAGUGAACUUCACGGGUAUGCUCCAUUACCGUUCUUAUCAUCCCCGUGUAGUAGCGAUCUAGAAGAGGCGAGAAUGUCAUUCUACAACACCGUUAUCAACGCAAUCAGGAAUCAGAUGGAGAAGCGGCGCCAUCUCAAUCCUGAUUCUGAGCACGACGCCAUGAGGAAGAUGAAAUUGCAGCUGAUGAACCUUGAUAUGGAAAUAUCACAGCUGAAACAACAGUUAUCUCUGUACAAUCGGGUGAAGAAGCGCAUCAAUCAGAACAAGUUGUCAAAGCAAGAUAUUGACGAAAACACGAGUGAUCUCGAGAAGAACAUCAUUCAGAGGGAUUUCCGCACAAUGAUGAUAGCCAUUCAGGCGAUGCUGAGGCAGCACAACAUCUCCACCACACGACACGUAAAGAAACUGGAAACAAAGAAUGAUAUUGCAUCGAAAGCAAUCGACGAGACCACGGAGAAUAUCAACAGGUACAUCCAACUGUUAUAUAAGAUAGCGGAAAAGUCCAAUUCGUAUCCGGAUGAAAUGAAGCCAAAUGAACCUGCCGUAGAGUCAGAGGCUGUCGCAGCGUCUAAAAACUACGAUGAAAACAUCAAGCCUUUGGAAACAACUGAAAAUCUCGCUAAGGAUGAUAUGGUUGAAUCCGACGUCGCCGACAUCAAAGAGAGCACUGACACAAGUGAUAAGCGCGUGGACAUAGGACCCGAAGUCACACCGACAAUGACCACUGUGCAGGAGAUAAUGAAACCAAUAGAAGGUGAAUCUGAUGCAAUUCCAAUAGUUGAAGAUGUAGAAAGCAAAUCUGUGAUUGUUGCAGAAACUGAGUCUCAAAGCGUUCCCUCGGAAGACUUAGUUUCGGAGGUAUCAAUUCACGAAGCGGAGGUGCCUGUCAUUCAGGCUCCAGAGAUUGAAAAAAUCAGCGUUAUCUCCCAUGAGGCUGUUGCGUCUGCUGUCGAACAUGAUGAGAGGGCAGCAUCCAAUGUUGAGAAUGUAGAUGACACGUUUACCGCCGCGGAGAUUGAUGAGACAGAUGUAUCAUCACCGAGCAUUAUUGUUGAUGCAACAGCUGAUCAAGUGACAGCUGACGUUGUCGACGUGGCUAAAGACUAUCUGGAGGGUCUUAUUAAACCGGCUGAGACACAAGCUGAGCAGUCCGUGAUACGAUCAGAAGCGAUCGAAAUAGACGAAGAGACCACUACGGAAGUCGAAGAGGUAGAGACUGAAGCUAAGGAAGUGGCAAUGGUUUCCAAAGCCGUUACGAAGAAGCAUAUAUCCAUCUCUUUGCAAUCUACUAUUGACGAUAAUGCUGAUGAAGAUGGCGUUGAUCCAAAUCUAAUUGAAAAGCAAAACAUCGAGAUGACGGGUGAAAAAAGCAUUACUGUCGACUCUGACUUUGUACAAGGCAUUGAGAUGUCAAUGAAUGGGAGUGUCGAUUCAGUUGAGGAUAGAACUGUCUCGGAGGCUCCGGAAGUAAUAAACGCAAAUUUAGAACGAUCAGAUGAACUUACACCAGAAGUUAAUGAAAAUCUUGGCACUGAAUCAUCAGUAGAGGUUGAACACAUUGUUACCAAUGAAACACCGGAGGACGUCAAUGAAAAUGUUGCUAACGAAAACUCCGAAGAGGUUUAUGAAAAUGUUGCUAACGAAAACUCCGAAGAGGUUUAUGAAAAUGUUGACAAUGAAACGUCAGUAGAAGUUAGUGAAAAUGUUGAUAAUGAAUCAUUCGGUGUUGAUUCUGCAAAUAAGAUGUUGCCCCCCUUAGCCAGUCCCAUUGAAGUCGUCGAGGUGUCAUCCGAAUCCAACUACACGCCCAUUGCACUUGAAAGAUCCGAUAUGCCCAUUUCUGGUGAAAAUACUGAUAUACAGACGGGUUCACAGGAGAAUAAUCUUUCUGAACCUACCGAAGUUUCGAUGCCACCUCAGCCACAGGCGUCACCUCUUCCGGAUGCCACUAGUUUGCCCAUACCGGUCGGUAUGCCCACGGAACCUGAUGGAACAUAUACAGAAUCCACACCUGUUGCAAGUGAUGUGAGGUUGGACGGAAUCACCAGCAACGAUACGGGAAUGUCACCCCUGGAAACGGAAAGGACAACCGAGGAAGAUACAGAGGUCAAUUACAACCUGAAGGAUGAGAUCUAUCGAAAUAUGGACAACGAAAUCACAAUUAGGACUACGCAUCUACUCAAAAAGUCUCCUGUUUUGAAAAUAAAUCUCGAAAUUGAUACACACGAAUUAUGGGAUGAACUUCAAAAUUUAAGGAAAGACGUCGUUGACCUAAGGGAAGAAUUAAUGAAUCUGAAAACCAGAAGCAAUGUCCAUCAACGAGGCGAUAACGUGGCUGAUGACAUAACGCUGUUACCUGAAUCCGAAACUGGAAGUAAUGAGGCAUGUGAUGUCAGUAAUGCCAACGGUGUUACUGAAAUCCAUGAUGAAACUCCUAACGAAAAUGCUCUAUCUGUAGAAAGCCAAAUCACGGAAGACGCAGCUCUCAUAGAUGCCGCUUCAAUUACGCCAACUAUGGAUGAGUCAAACGUAGAUGAAGAGCUUUAUGAACCAGGGGAGAACGUCCCUGACCGUGACCUAUACGAGAGCGCUUACAUGGAUAUCAUUGUUGAGCCUAAUGAAGGUGUCGAUACAUUAUUACAGUUAGAUGAAGAACAAAACAAGCAGAGCGUCGAAACAGUGAACACGGAUAAUGACAACCUUGUAAUGGAUGCCAGCCAAGACCGCACCAAUGUUGUUGGCACUAACUGCAAUGUAUCUUCUCCUGAAAACGACACAAAAGUUGUUAACUCACUACACCAUGAGCGUACAGAUGCGCCAAAUAACCCAAACAAGUUGGUUGUUCGUCUAGAUAAAGGCAUUGCGGAUUUCGUCAGUGUAGGCAGGCCUUUCGGAACUCCAUACCCCUCCGCCUAUUUCGACAUUAUAAGCAUGCCUGUAGAAAGCGUAACUCCUCUAUCAUCUGAACAGCCCAACCAAAGUUUAAAUUUAGAGUCUGAAGCAUUUGGAUGGUAUGCCCCGGCUGCUGAGGUUACUGAGGAUCUAGCUUCACCGACGACUCAAACUACACAGUCAGCGUUGAAUCAAAACGAAGCUGUUGAUGGGAUUUCGAACGAGUCAGUGUCUAAUGAAAGCAAUCUUGCCACCGCAAUAACAAGUGAGGACACCGCAACUGAUGGUCACGAGAGCGGUGAAACAGGGGAGCAGGCAGAUGACUCAGACAAUUCCAAUGAGCAGGAAGUAGCCAGACCAGAUGGCGAUUUGCAAACAGAAAUGAUGGCUGAAACCAAUGAAAACGUUGAAAUCGGCCUUGAAAAUGAGAACAUUGAGGAGAGUGAGAAUGCUGAGGUGUAUCCGAUUUGCGGUGCUGAAAAGGAACCCGAAGCCCUUGAAAUGGCCGUCAACUCGUUAAUUGAAAUCUCCAACGAACACAUAGAUAUAAACGAAGAUUUGAUGAUUGAGCAAGCAGCGGAGAACGUGCAAACUGAGGAAGAAAGUACUGUGAUACAGCGUGUAGAAGAGCCAGAAAGCGUUAACGCGUCUCGCCCUACAUCUUCUGAUUACCAACCAAACUAUACGGCGCAAAUUGUAGAGCCGGAAUCAACACCGAUUGUAGAGGUAGAACAGUCAGAAAAUUCAUAUGUCUCCGAUGAUGACGAAUUCAUCAAAGAUAUCAUGGAUGAAGUGGGCUCAUCUGAUAAAGCUGACGAUGAAGCCCUGUUAAGAGAGCUGGAAGAACUAUACGCCAUUAUGACACGAGAAGUGGCGUACAGCACAACUACUGGUUCGAGGGAUGAUGAAAGUUCGUCGUAUAUGAGCCUGGAAGUCUCCGACAAUGAGGAGGAACUUGAUCACGGCAGGUUUAGACAGCGCAAGGUACGUAACAUCUCCGACCCCAGCAGAGUUCCAGGAUCUACGCCCGGAAAUGUUCAAAGGAUGAGUUCGGACAACCAAUACGAUGAGGAGGAGUCGACGUCAGGAAAUAAUGAUAUAGACGCCACCGCAGCAGUGAAAGGAUACAACACACUCACCACGAACGGUCCACAAUUUUUCAUCGGGAUGUUCUCACAGAUCCCACAACUUUCACAGCCCAUGAACACGGAAAUCAUGGAGAAACAGUAUGAAGAGUUUAAACAGUUCCAGGCGUUCGUGCGCCUGUCGUCUCGGAAAAGUUAG